AGUCAUUUAGAACGGAGAUGAGGAAACACUUUUUCACACAGAGUUGUGAGUCUGUGGAAUUCUCUGCCUCAGAGGGCGGUGGAGGCCAGUUCUCUUGAUACUUUCAUGAGGGAGCUAGAUAGGGCUCUUAAAGAUAGUGGAGUCGAGGGAUAUGGGGAGAAGGCAGGAACGGGGCACUGAUUGGGGAUGAUCAGCCACGAUCACAGUGAAUGGCGGUGCUGGCUCGACGGGCCGAAUGGCCUCUACUCCAGCACCUAUUGUCUAUUGUCGUACAAGUCACUCCCGCAGUUUUGUUGGGUCAGGGCGCCUGGUAUUCGAUACAAAUACACAGAGAACCUUUCCGUGAGGCUGUAAACAUGACUGAUAUAGACCAGUGCCGAUUCAUUGUGCCCCCUCAGCUGACAAUGAACCAUUUUACAUUUCCUUAUCACACCUUCCCCUUCCGUAUCUCUAGACCCCCCACCCCUAAAUCUUAGUCUGAAGGAGGGUCUCGACCCGAAGAGUCACCUGUUCCCUUCCUCCAGAGAUGCUGCCCGACUCCAGCAUUCUGUGCGUAUUUACAGGUGAGUGCCCAGCGGUUCCUCACGCCGUGGCCAAGACGGCUGCGCUGUGAAGCUGUGGACGUGGUUUUGGUGGAGUCGGGGAGGACCUGGGGUUGCAUCGCGUCUCCGCUCAUCAGUUGCAGCAGCCGCCUGGUUGGCAAAGUCGCAUUGAGACCGUGGGGAGGAGGAGAUGACAGCUCGCUGCCACUGUCCGCCCGUCCAGGAAGACAGUCAUCAUCGGCCGCUUCGCACCAAAAUAUGCGGGGCUUGACAACGCGAUGAGCCCUCGAAGCUAACGGAGCUAGCAACAAAUAAGAAGAGGUUGUGUUUGGCCAUGGAGAAUGUAACGAGUGUGAUGGUGGACUUCCUAAACAGUUCCCUGAACCAGACGGAGGAGUUGAAGCCAAUGCCCCGCAACACUCUGGAGUACCAAGUGGUCACCAUACUGCUGGUGCUGCUGAUCUGCGGCGUGGGGAUUGCUGGCAACGUGAUGGUGGUCCUGGUGGUCGUGAAGACCAAGCAUAUGAGGACCCCCACCAACUGCUACCUGGUGAGCCUUGCCAUUGCCGACCUGGUGGUCCUGCUGGCGGCCGGCCUGCCUAACAUCACGGAGAGCGUGGCCGCCUCCUGGGUCUAUGGGUACGCGGGUUGCCUGUGCAUCACCUACCUACAGUACCUGGGCAUCAACGCGUCCUCCUGCUCCAUCACCGCGUUCACCAUCGAGCGCUACAUCGCCAUCUGCCACCCCAUCAAAGCCCAGUUCAUCUGCACCGUGUCCAGAGCCAAGAAAAUCAUCGCCUUCGUCUGGGCCUUCACCUCGGUGUACUGUGUGAUGUGGUUCUUCCUCCUGCACAUCAAGCAGAUCCCGCACCCGGACGGCACCGAGGUAGUCUGUGACUACAAGGUCUCCAGGAGCCACUACCUGCCCAUCUACUUCCUGGACUUCACCAUCUUCUACGUGAUCCCGUUAUUCCUGGCCACCGUCCUGUACGGGCUCAUCGCCCGGAUCCUCUUCCUCAACCCCAUCCCCAACACCCCACAGGACAUGGCCAACAACUCCAUCCACAAGGGUCGCUCCAACACCCUCAAGACGGCCGGCGGCCGCAGCAAGGGCGCUCAGUCUUCAAGGAAGCAGGUCACGCAAAUGCUGGCUGUGGUAGUUAUCCUUUUUGCCCUCCUGUGGAUGCCCUACCGAACCUUGGUGGUGGUCAACUCUUUCAUGAGUGCCCCCUACCUGAACACUUGGUUCCUGCUGUUCUGCAGGUUGAGCAUUUACCUGAACAGUGCCAUCAACCCCGUCAUUUACAACCUAAUGUCACAGAAGUUUCGGGCUGCCUUCAAAAAACUGUGCAAGUGCAAGCAGGCAGAGGCCGAGAAACCCACUGCCUACAACGUUCCUGUUUAUUACAGUGUGAUGAAAGAUACUUCACACGAAAGUCCUGACCAUGACCUAACGGAGCAAGAGGACAUCAAUGGAUAUCCAAUUUCCAACAAGGAGAUGCAUUUCAAUAAUUCUUGUGGCCAGAAGAAGUGAUAUUCAUCCCAAAACUAGCAUGAAAAAAAUUAAAUGUUUAAGAAGGAACUGCAGAUGCUGGAAAAUUGAAGGUAGAUAAAAAUGCUGGAGAAAAUCAGCGGGUGCGGCAGCAUUUAUGGAGCGAAGGAAAUAGGCAACGUUUCAGGCCAAAACCCUUCUUCAGAAGAAAUUAAAUGCCUACUUGCCAAGAAUAUGGUUUAAGUUAUUAAUUAUUACCCUUUCCUACCUGCGAACAUUACUUUCAUGUAGAAUUUCCAUUCUUUAAAUAUACUCAAGAAAAUUAUUUUCAGCACCAGUUAUGUUUCAAAUCACAACAAAUUAGAUCAUUGAUCUGAUCUGUAAAUAAACGCUGUAUUAUAAUCAUCUGCCUUCAACUGAUCAGCUUAGUUUAGUUAGGUUUAGUUUAGAGAUACAGCGUGGAAACCGGCCCUUCAGUCCACCAAAUCUACGCUGACCAACGAUCACCCGUUCACACUAGUUUUACGUUAUUGCACUUUCGCAUCCACUCCCUACACACUAGGGGUAAUUUACAGAGGCCAAUUAACCCGCACAUCCUCGAGAUACAGAAGUUAGUGGUUUUGCAGGUAGUGAAAAAGGUUGUGAAUGAUUGCAGCAGGAUCUGGAGCAAUUGGCCAGGUUGGCCCUUGGUGGGCGAGUUGGGCUGAAGGGCCUGUUUCCACACUAUAUCACUCUAUGACUCUAUGUGGGGAGGAAACCCACCCGGUCACAGGGAGAACAUGCAAACUCCACACAGACAGCACCUGAGAUCAGAAUCGAACCCAGCUCUCUGGCGCUGUGAGGCAGCAGCUCUACCACCUUGCCGCUACCUGCUCCCAUGUUUAAAUAACCAAAUAUAGCCAAGGAAAUACUUAUUUUCUCUUUUAAUGAAUCAGUUAUGUUUUUAAAUAACAACAAAUUCAACAUUGAUCUUAUAUUUGAAAAAAAAAAGAUAUUGUACAGUAUUAUAUAAUCACCUGCCUUUAACAGAUCAGAAGAAAAAUAGUAUGGCUCGUAAAAUAGGAAAGGUGUUUAUUUAUCCGUUUUUAUACUUGAUGUAACAAUAACAUGAGAAAUCUUUUUGCCUCCACAAGUUUGUUAGCAUCUGCAUCAUUAAAGGUGUGUAUUAUCCUGGUAAUUCUGAUGUAAUGCGUUAGUUCCUAAUUAUCGGAACAUAUUCAUUUUCUAUGUUAUUAGAAUAAGAGUAAGAGAAUGUGCAGAAUGCUUCAGGAACUCAGCCAUUUUAAAUAUCCAUUAGGAAGGGGUGUUACAAAUGUACUUACACAGACAGACAUAAUACCACAAUACCACUAUUCCUUCCCCUUAGUCCAGUUUAAUUUAGUUUAGAGUUACAGUCGGGAAACAAGCCCUUCAGUGCAUCAAGUCCGCUCCGACCAACGAUCCAUACACACUAACACUACCCUACACACACGAGGGCCAAUUUUGCAUUUACACCUGGCCAAUUAACCUACAAAAAUGUACAUCUUUGGAGUGUGUGAGGAAACUGAAGAUUUUGGGAAAACCCGCACAGGUCACGGGGAGAACGUGCAAACUCCGUACAGACAGCACUCGUAGACACCCUUAGUCAAGAUUGAACUGGACCUCUGGCUCCGUAAGGCAGUAACUCUACCCCUGCUCCACUGUGCCACCCUUUGCAAUUGGAAAUUCUAAAUUUGGCAAUUUCAGGCGCUCUAAAACAAAUCAGCAUAUUUUUUUAAAAUAACUUGCUUUAUUCUUUCAAUGCUUACUUUUUGGUAGCUUUAAGACAAUCGUAAAUAAAAGCAAGUGCCAUUUUAUUUUAGCUUAGAGUUUAAUUUAGGGAUGUAGCACAGAAGCAGGCACUUCGGCCUACUGUAUCCAUGGUAACCACCGAGCACCCAUUGAUCAUCCGAGAUUUCUAGAUCAUCUAUAUGUGUUAAAUAAAUUAUGGUAUUUUUCAAUAGCUUUUUGUUUGCUUAACAUUGACAAUAGCUUUGAAUAAAAACAAUCCAAAAAUAUAAUGGGAGCAAAUAUUGUUUUAUGAGUUAACUUUUUUUUCUGUUGCACUCAGAAUUCUAAAGUUAAUCCUGGUGAAUCUUGUUGUGAAGUUUAAGAUAAUUAUGCUGCUAUGUGUAAUUUGCUGAUGUUGAUAUAGAAGUGCCCUCAAAAAAAUGUUGCAACUCCGAAUAUUUAUUAGACUUUUUAUUGAACAAACUGCACUUUCAGUGAAUGUUAUUAUUAGAUCAAUAUUUAUAGAUUAAUUUAUUGGCCUUGUUAUGUAUUAUUGACAUUCCUGUAUCGGCACUCUGCAGUAAGCAUUUGUGUUUAAAAUGCAAGCAAUCACUUGAGUGUACAGAAAGCAUUUGUGAAUUGGCAUUAAAUAAAAAGAUAUACAUGCUUGUUUGCUGUUACUUAUGUUGUGUGAGACAGCAUUUAAAUGCUGAUUAGAUAUAUUAAAGAUACAUUUAUUUGCUUAAUGUACUUUUGCUUGUAAUAUUGAUUUAUUGUAUGUCUGGAUAGAGAUAUUUUUCACUGGAAUAGAUUUGUGAUCUUUUUACUUAUGUAUGGUAUAAAUUAAAUGCUUGGAAGAUGUUGUAUAUGUGCUGAAUUGUAAAGUAACAAGAAUGUGCGUUGCAUUAUGUGUAUGUUGCUGUAUUUAAGCAUUGUCUACUGAAGUGAUAAAUAAACACAUAACUCUGGUUGAUA